CCUUCAUAUAAUAUUUCCCAUCUAUAUAUAUAAACAAAUAUAAUAUUUGCUUCUCAGUUCUCCCUACUUCCCUCCCACUCCAACUCCCACUUCACUUCCUUCCAUAAAAUGCAGCUUUCUACCUCUUCCUCUAAUUUCUCUAUCUCCACUGUGCAUGUGAGAGCUUGAACAGAGAAACAAAGAAAAAACAUGGCAACUUUUUGUUUUUGCAGGAUUCUGAUUCUCAUGGCGCUCAUGUUUUCUUUUGUUGACUCUGCUUGCAACACUACAGAUACCCAAUUCGUUUCCAAGGCUUUUCACUCUGUUUCCGCCUUCAAUCUCUCUUGGAUUGUUCCUAGCUCUGUGAAUUUCACCAACUGCUCUGUUCUAGACAUCAACCUCCCGUCCAAGAAUCUCACUGGAAUUGUUUCUUGGAGGUUCUUAAGAAAUUUGACCCACUUACGCUCCAUUGAUCUUUCUAGAAACUCACUCGAAGGCUCUGUUCCGAACUGGCUGUGGGGAAUCCCCACUUUGGCUCAUGUCGAUCUUUCCCAUAAUCGAUUUGGAGGAACUGUUGGGUUUAAGUUAUCUAAUUCCAGUCAUGUCUUUCCUUCUUCCAUUCGGGUUCUUAAUCUUUCCAACAACAGAUUCUCUAAUACGGUUCGCCUCUCUGGUUUUUCAAAGCUGGAAAUUCUGGACCUCUCGCGAAAUAAUCUGCGGAAUCUUCCAUUUGGGUUGGAGAGGCUUUCUAAUUUGAAGCACUUGGUUGUUUCGAGGUGUAACAUUUCUGGGAAUUUGAAGCCCAUCUCUGUUCUUCAUUCGCUUGAGUAUUUAGACGUUUCGGGUAAUUCCAUGACCGGUAAUUUUCCGUCGGAUUUCCCUCCGCUUAAUGGAUUGAAGUUCUUGAAUGUUUCAUUAAACAAGUUUAAGGGAGUGAUCAACUCCGAAAGCUACAAGAAAUUUGGGAAAUCAGCAUUUGUUCAAACUGGGAUUACUUUACUUCAAAUCAAAACGAAUUCCAAAAACAGAGGUAACACGAAUCCUCCACAAUCAUCGAAACGCCCUCAUCAGAACAAUACCAUCCAAUCAGACGUACCCAAUAAAGAACCAGCGAAAAAAGCCAAACCCAAAUCGAAAACGAAGCCACUGAUUCUUGCCCUGUCGUCUGGGACAGCAGGUUUGUUUUUAGCAGCGGCUGCUUUAGCGAUAUGGAGACGAAAAAGAAUUAUGAAGCGAAAAAACAAAUGGGCAAUCUCCACGCCCGUUCAAGUCCAAUUCAAGAUGGAGAAAUCUGGGCCGUUCGCUUUCGAGACCGAGUCAGGAUCAUCCUGGAUCGCAGACAUCAGAGAACCAUCUUCAGCUUCAGUGGUGAUGUUCGAGAAGCCGUUGAUUAAUCUCACCUUCAAGGACUUGAUUGCUGCCACGUCACAUUUCGGUAAAGAGUCCCUUCUCGCAGAGGGAAGGUGUGGGCCGGUGUACAGAGCUGUUCUUCCCGGAGAUAUCCACGUGGCGAUUAAGGUCCUUGAAUCCGCUAGAUCCGUCGCUCGUGAUGAGGCUGUAGCCAUGUUCGAAGACCUUUCCACACUGAAGCAUUCCAAUUUGUUACCGCUUUUUGGUUACUGUAUUGCAGGUAAAGAGAAAUUAGUAUUGUACGAAUUCAUGUCCAACGGCGAUCUCCACCGGUGGCUUCACGAGCUUCCGACCGGCCAACCCAAUGUGGAGGACUGGAGUACCGACACGUGGGAAAUCAACAACAAUUCCACUAGUGGGUCCCAUUUGUCGUUACCGGAGAAGUUAGGAUGGGUGACGCGCCACCGCAUUGCAGUGGGGAUCGCGCGUGGGUUAGCGUAUCUCCACCACGCCGGAUCGAAACCGAUUGUUCACGGGCAUUUAGUGACGUCAAACAUUUUAUUGGCGGACGACUUCGAGGCUCGAAUCGGUGGGUUUGGGUUACGACAUGUCGGCGGGGGGAACUGCGACGACGGCGUUGAGAAAGAUGUGUACUGUUUUGGAGUGGUGUUGAUGGAGCUUUUGACGGGGAUGCCCGGCAGUGCCAACACGGUGGUGGGAGUGAGAAAAAUGGUGAGAGAGGGAAAAGCGUUAGAGGCGAUUGAUCCAAGAUUGCGACUCGUUGGCGGGGAAUCGGAGAUGGUGGAGAGCCUCCGUGUGGCGUAUCUAUGUACCGCGGAGACGGCGGCGAAAAGACCUACAAUGCAACAAGUCCUAGGGUUGCUCAAGGACAUUCAUCCCACACAACCCAGGGCAGACUAGUCUCAAUUGACUCAAUUACCCCUCGUCUGCUCGACAUAUUACAGGUUGUGCCACUAGUGAGUGAAAGAACGGUAAUGCCCAAAAGUACAUUUUGGAAUUGGCCAUGGCAUUCCCACUCUUAUUGUUGGAUAAUGUUAGUUAUAGUUACGCCCUCAAAUUUUCAUUAUAAAAUCUCAACCUUACAUUUACAAAUGUUAAAAUUGGACUCUAAAUGAUAAAACUUAAACUCUUAAACUUAA